GGGCAUAUUCCUCGUUUUGAUGAUCCAUCCAGGGGAUCCGAGAUUGAGUUCUGGACUACCCGUAGGGGACACACACAAAAUUUCUGCGGUGGAUACUAUCUUGGAUCUCAUUCGAUUGCUCAUGGUAAUGGCACCGUGCAGGAAAUCAAAAAGGAGGUUUCGGAGCAACGUGGAAUGAACAUAAUAGGUAUAAUUGUGUUCUGCAUUGGAUUUGGCAUCGUGACGUCUUAUUAUGCCGAAAAGGUCCGAGUACUUGUGGACUUCUUCAUGGCACUGGACAAAAUUAUCAUGAAACUAAUGUUAUCGGUGAUGUGGUUCUCGCCUAUUGGUAUCACCAGCUUGAUAUGUGGCAGCCUCUUGGAACUAAAUGAUAUAUGGUUAGCAGCUGGAGCGAUGUCAAAGUACGUUUUCACAAUACUCAUCGGACUGCUGAUACAUUCAUUCAUAAUAAUACCAGUUUUGUAUGUUUUGCUCACAAGAAAGAACCCAAUCAAGAUCUUCAAAUGCAUGCGCCAGGCAGCACCUAUUGUUUUAAGUGGAGCUGCUUUACCACUGUCCAUCAAUGGAAUGGAGGAAGAAGGCGGUGUGGAUGAACGCGUGACACGAUUUGUUCUGCCACUUGGAGCGAAUAUCAACAUGGAUGGAUGCGCUCUUUACGAAGCUGUAGCAGUGAUUUUUAUCGCACAAAUCAACCAAGUCCAAUUGCGAGCUGAUCAGAUCAUUCACGAUAAGAUUGUGAAGUACAGUGGAUGGGCGAUACUUGUUUGGAUGUCCCGUCUCAAUCAGAAGGAGAAUAUCAGUUCAGCGGGUUCAGAAAUAUGUUCCCAGACAAUAUCAUUCGUGCUUCAUUUGAACGCUCACAAACGAUUCAAAGGAAAAAGUCCAGUUGCUCAUGGUAAUGGCACCGUGCAGGAAAUCAAAAAGGAGGUUUCGGAACAACGAGGAAUGAACAUAAUAGGUAUAAUUGUGUUCUGCAUUGGAUUUGGCAUCGUGACGUCUUAUUAUGCCGAAAAGGUCCGAGUACUUGUGGACUUCUUCAUGGCGCUGGACAAAAUUAUCAUGAAACUAAUGUUAUCGGUGAUGUGGUUCUCGCCUAUUGGUAUCACCAGCUUGAUAUGUGGCAGCCUCUUGGAACUAAAUGAUAUAUGGUUAGCAGCUGGAGCGAUGUCAAAGUGA